AGCCCAGGCUGGUCUGGGAGGUUGGCCACUGCUGCCUGACAGGCCUGCGUGGCUCUGACCCCUGCUCUACCUGGGACACUGGUAGCAAAGGCACCUCCCCUGCCUGACCCGUUCUGUCCCAGAUGGAUCAGACACAAUAGCCCCAGGCCUGAGAGCCCCCAGCCAUUGCCGCCACUGCGGGUGGACAGGGCAGUGGAUGAAUAAGGGGCAGUGAUGGAUAAGGACGAGUCCAGUCCCCUGCAGCCCCCCUCCCUGGAGGGCAGGGGGCAGGAGGAGAGGGCUGAGCAACUGGGCUCGGGGAGAGCUGGACCCGGCUGCCCCGCCCUGGGGGAAGGUGAGGGCGGGUCCCCUCCCCCCUCCCUCCCCGCCCCGCUGGCCGAGCUCCCAGCAGCCGGCAGCCGCAUCAUCAAUAUUUCAUGGGCGUCAAUAAGAGGCGGCGGGGACGGCGGCUGCAGCAGCAUUCUCGCCAGCCCCAGCCACAGCUCUCUGCAAGAAUCGACCUCCCUGCCCUGCCCACCACCAUGGACGUCUUCAAGAAGGGCUUCUCCAUCGCCAAGGAGGGUGUGGUGGGCGCCGUGGAGAAGACCAAGCAAGGGGUGACAGAAGCGGCCGAGAAGACCAAGGAGGGGGUCAUGUAUGUGGGAGCUAAGACCAAGGAGAAUGUUGUGCAGAGUGUGACCUCAGUGGCUGAGAAGACCAAGGAGCAGGCCAACGCUGUGAGUGAAGCCGUGGUCACCAGUGUCAACACGGUGGCCAUCAAGACGGUGGAGGAGGCAGAGAACAUUGCCGUCACCUCUGGAGUGGUUCGAAAGGAGGACCUGGAGCAACCAGCCGCCCUGCAGGAGGACAAGGCAGCCACAGGGGAAGAGGAAGUGGCUGAGGAGGCCAAGAGUGGAGGAGACUAGAGGGAUGCCAGUCCGCCAUGGAGACCCCGAGGAAGAGCCCUCUGCCUUGCACCCCACCCCCUCCAGGCACGCGGGGUGCCCAGCGCAGAGCGUGACCCGGGUUGCCCAUGUUCCCACGCCCACACCUGGUCACCCACAGGCCUGUCCUCCUAAGCUGCCUCUGAUGCCAUCACCUCCCACACUCCCUCCCUCACAGCCUCCACCCCCUGGUCCUUCUGAACCCACAGAUGCUGCUGUGAAAUUUUGUUUUUAAUGAUUCCAAAUAAAACUCUAGUCCUCACCCCUGGCCAUACGUGC